CCCUCCCCACUCUCCUCCAUCUCACCUCGACUGCUGCCUCCACCGCUGUUGCCUCCCCGCGAGGCCUUCUCUCGUUGCCUCCCGCAUUCCGCUCGAUCGGGCCUCUCUCCCCCCCCUUCCGCCCGUUCUUCCCGCGGAUCCAGGCCGCUCGUCCGCUCGUCGGUUAUCCUGUCGUCAUUCCGCUGUCCCCAGCAAGGCCCCGGGGUACUACCGACUGAUUCCGAAACACACGGGCUGUCGACUGGCGCAUUGAGGUCCGUAGUAGUACCACCUGCCAUCUGGAAGGGCCCAACCGGAAACCGGAAGGCCAUCUAGAUCGUCCUCGCAUCAUGCCCCGGGAUCUCGCCUGAUCUCGACCCACCACCACCGCUGCCGGUCCCAGCUGCCUUGUUGGAACGAUUGCUUGCUGACCCGCGCUCCUUCUCCGUCUAGACACCUGCGCCACCCCGGACAACCCGUGGGCCGUGUGGGAAGAUGAACUCGCUCAACAUCCUGUCGGCUCGAGUCAUCGGCCAGUCCACCAGCUCGAGUCGCAGCCGCCAACGAUCUCGGUCUCAGGGAGACGUCGCCAGAGCCAGCGAGCCAGGCGACCUGGCGAAGCUCCGCUCCUACAGCGAGGACAACUUCCAUUCCACCGACGGCCACGAGAAGACCCACGGCGAUACCCUCGACGCGCCCGGCCUCAUAGACUUCAACGACAAUCCGUUUGACGAAAAAGCGCCCCUAUUACGAAGUAUUCACAAAGAUGGUUCCCUUGCUACGCGAAGCACGUUAGGAUUUGUUGCUCAGCGGUUCUUCGAUGCUAUUGCCGAAACGAUCAAGUUCAUUCUAUCCACCUUAGCUGCUCCCGGUUUAUAUGUUGCUCAUUGUUUUCGUGACGACGACGGUCAUUACUCCCCCAUGGCUCCGCUCAGAAGCCUACGACGGUCGAUGUCCACUCGCCCCAUGACGGGAGCGAUGGGCAGAGGCAGUCGGCUAGCGGAGAGCAAACGACGGUCUGGGACUUUACGGAGACCGAAAGGGCACGCAUCACGAGAUUCCAUCGCUUCAAGUACAUCCGAGUCGGAGGGGGACCGUCGCGGCCCCAAGGAACUCACCAGCAGUCGGUCUCGAUCCUCCAAGUCCAAGCUUUACCCUCCAGAACCCGCACCAGAUGAGAGCACUCCUCGUCGUUCGAUCCGCAUCAAGCUCCACAACGAAGAGGCCCUUAAGCGGCAGAGGCAACGUCGAUCGCAAAGUGCGGAUCUCCGCCAGAUACCGGAGAAUGGGACCCAAGGUACUCUCAACCUCGACACGAUCAAGUCGCCCACGUCUCCGUCGGUGCACAGGGUGACGAGGUAUCCGCAUUCGCCCGUGCCGCCUCGUCCGUUGAUUCCGCCCCGAGUGCCGUCUUACACGGCCAAUCUUCGCAGCCCCAAGAGCCCGCAAAAGACCCUGGUGCUUGACCUGGAUGAAACGCUCAUUCAUUCCCUGGCCAAGGGUGGCCGCAUGUCCAGCGGCCAUAUGGUCGAGGUCAAGUUGACCGCGCCGAUGACGACGGCUCUCACGCCAGGCGGGCCCCCCACGACUCUUGGCCCCCAGCAUCCGAUCCUGUAUUAUGUACACAAGCGGCCUCACUGCGAUGAUUUCUUGCGCAAGAUCUGCAAGUGGUACAAGCUGGUCAUCUUCACGGCCAGCGUGCAGGAGUAUGCGGACCCGGUCAUUGACUGGCUGGAGCAAGAGCGGAAAUACUUCCAGGCGCGGUAUUACCGCCAGCACUGUACCUUGCGGAACGGGGCAUACAUCAAGGACCUCAGUUCUGUGGAGCCCGACCUGAGCAAGGUGAUGAUCCUGGACAACAGUCCUAUGAGUUAUAUUUUUCACGAAGAUAAUGCGAUCCCGAUUGAGGGCUGGAUUAAUGAUCCGACGGAUAAUGGUCUGCUCCACCUCGUCCCCAUGUUAGAAGCUUUGCAGUAUGUGACCGACGUGCGUGCAUUCCUGGCCUUGCGGAGGGGAGAAGCGGAAGCCUGACGCGGAGGGGACGGGGGGGGGAGCCCCCCGACCAUAGAGAAAAGCAGCAAAGAAAACCCAAGAAAGCCCCGUUUGAUGUUCACGCAAGUCGUAUAACGCAUUCAUAGCUCGGCCCAUGUAAAGAAGAGGCUGAUUGAAAGCAUGAUGAGUGUCUAGCAUAUUGUUCCUUACUCCAUACCCCUCUCCUGUUACCUUUCCUUGCAACCCUAUCGAUUCUUGUAAUUCCUUACUUCAUCUUACUUAUCUUCUCCCCAUCCUUACAUCUGUGUCUGUUUUGGUUGCCCUGUCAUUGUUUUGCUUGCAUGGAGUGAGUUGUCCCGAGUCAGGAUCAUCAAUCUUGCUGUCCCUUUCCCGAAUAUAUCCUUCUACCUUGCCUACCUUUUGGAGAUAGAGACGCUUUGAUCGUGGGUGAAUUGGAUUGACCGUAUGAGUGCAGACCAUUCUCAAACCAACUUCUCAAUAUGAACAUUG